AUGCAAAUAAGUCUGCUGCAUAAAAUGGCAGUAAGGCGCCGCAGCGACCGACUCUCAGAGAAUGGUUCGACACGCGAGGCAACAAUUCGCUUUGCUCCUGAAUACAAUUCUCCUGCCUAUGAAUCAUUGUCUUUUGACCUACUCAAGGAACGGUUAAUUUCCAUUGGUUACCCAUCUGCUAUUUCUGAAUUUCAAUAUGAUCCAUCCUUUCCGGUCAGGGGUUUGUGGUUUGAUAAAUUAUAUGGAAACCUACUUAAAGUUGAUGCCUAUGGAAACAUAUUGGUAUGCUCACAUGGAUUCAGAUUUCUAAAGAGCCAUGAAGUUAUUGAAUAUUAUCCAAACAGAUUUAUCCAACUUGAUGAUAAUAGGUGCUAUGUUCUCAACACUCUCUUUCACCUUCCAGAAACUUACAUGAUGGCUUGCUUGGUUGAUUACUUCAGUAACUGUGAUAAUUAUCAAAAGACUAAAACUGGAGUGAGACUUGGAGAUCUUUUUAUGUCCUUUUCUUCUAUCUACCAAGAUGUCCGAGCUGCUGUCGAUUGGAUUCACUUGGCCGGAACACUUAAAGAAAAAACAACUGAAAAUCUUGAAAAAUAUGUCCAUCGGGAUGAUCGACUUCCAAUCUUGUUAAAAAGAAUUAAGCAACAUGGAGCUCAAACAAUUCUCAUCACCAACAGUGGCUAUCAUUACACCAAUAAAAUAAUGAAAUAUUUGCUUGAAAGAAAUCCUGAGGAUGAUUGGGUAAGCUACUUUGACUAUGUUGUUGUAGAUGCCAUGAAACCAAUAUUUUUCAAAGAUGGUUCCAUACUCAGACAAGUGGACACGGAAACAGGAGCUUUAAGUAUUGGACAUCAUACAGGACCAAUGAAGAAAGGCCAAAUCUAUUCAGGAGGUUCCUGUGAUGUACUGUUGAAAAUGAUUGGUGCUACAGGAAAGGAUGUGUUAUACAUUGGGGACCAUAUAUUUGGUGACAUUCUCAAAUCCAAAAAAGAACGUGGCUGGAGGACAUUUUUGGUGAUUCCAGAACUGAAACAGGAAUUGAUGGUGUGGAUUGAAAAGAAGGCAUUGUUCUAUGAAUUGGGCAACUUAGAUGUAAAAUUGUCUGAAAUUUACAAAAAUUUGGAUAGCAGUACUCAAGAAAAACCAGACAUUGGAGAACUGAGACAAGCGUUACGGAAAGUUACUCAUGAAAUGGAUAUGUCUUAUGGAUUGCUUGGAAGCCUCUUUAGAAGUGGUUCAAGACAAACUUUCUUUGCUGCCCAAGUGAUGCGUUAUGCAGAUCUUUAUGCAGCUUCCCUUCUUAACCUCUUGCACUAUCCGUUCUGCUACAUGUUUCGAGCACCUGCAAUGCUGAUGCCGCAUGAAUCUACAGUUGGACAUGACUCAUAUCCAACUGAUGACUCAAAUUUUGCGUCCCAAUCUCGAUCUUCUUCCCUGACUCAAGAAAUGGAAUCUCCCAUCCUGAAGAAGCCAAGGAAACCUGAAGAAAAUAAUACUUUAAAGACUGUGCCACACCUUCGAGCAGACACUCCCACCAAGUUAACACAUUGCCAUGAUGAAGAUGACUCAGACGACACAGAAAAUAGUGACAAGUAG